AUGGCCAGCACUACUCCUUCCAGUAUAAACCCUAAUACCUACAACAAAGACGGCUCGCCUGAUCCAUCUGCCGCACCUACAUCGAACGGUGACUUCCAGGCAGCUGCAGCGCGAAGAUCCAGCUUCUCCUUCCUUCGAAAGCGGUCUUCAGAGAACAAAAUCAGCACGUCAAGAGCGCCCAGCAUGAGCCGCAAGCAGAAGGCACUUGCCCAAGAGGAGGUAUUGCGCAAGCAGAGGGAAGCCGCAAUGCUGCCCAAGGAACCACCCCGCCUGCCGUCCCAUUCACCUCUUCCCCAGAUCGCAAGCUUUGGAGGAGAUACCCGCCCUGAUUCCGUCGCCAUUGUCUCCAACAAAGUCGGCAACUUCAGUCCAAAUUUCAGCAGACCAUCAAUGGAGCAGCACAGAAUGGCACCUGUUACCAACCUCGCCGUGCUCCCACCCGUACCUGGCAGCUCUCACUCCUUCAUCGACACUGAUCCGUACGCCAGGACAGAGAGCAUGACCAACCGUGGCCGCUACAGCUACGCCAGCAGCCAGAUUAGUGCCGUCAACAGUCCUCGCCGCGUACGAAAGAAGAAGCAGCCCACUCCGUUCAACAUCCUCGUCCUCGGAACUAAGGGCUGCGGAAAGUCAUCUUUCAUCGAAUUUCUGCACACUGCGCUUGCGCUGCCUACCAAGAGGCGCCCUCACACCCCGUCCCCGCCGCCUAGCGCAGUCGUCGAAGAUUCGCCCUUCACUUCGCAGUAUCUGGAGACAGAAGUAGAUGGCGAGAGGGUUGGCGUUACUCUCUGGGAUUCUGAAGGACUCGAGAAGAACAUCGUCGACUUUCAAUUGCCCGUCGUCACUUCGUUCCUCGAGUCCAAAUUCGAGGAUACAUUCGGCGAAGAACAAAAGGUGAUUCGCUCUCCAGGUGUCAGCGACACCCACAUCCACUGCGUCUUCCUCAUCUUGGAUCCUGCCCGCCUGGAUGCCAACAUCGCGGAAGCGCGCAAGAAGUCAAAUGUCAUCAACGUGGGCAGCGCUAUCUUUGGUGGUCUCAACGAGAACCUGGACCUCAACGUGCUUCGCGAGUUGCAAUCGAGAACCACCGUCGUGCCUGUGAUCAGCAAGGCAGAUACCAUCACCGGUGCUCACAUGCGCCACUUGAAGAGGAUGGUCUGGGACACGAUCAAGCGAGCAAAGUUGGAUCCGUUGGAGGCUCUUAAUCUCGACGAGUUCGAGGAUGAUGACGCCGACCGUUUGGAUGAGCGGGACGAGGACGAAUACGAACAUUCGUCGGACAACGAAGGCAAGGCUGAUGUUUUGAACAAGGUCCUUGGACGUUCAUCUUCCGAGGCAGCUCGUUCGAUCGCUUCAUCGCGCUCGUCCUCUGGCUCGCACUCGCGAUCCCCACCAACCUCUCCACCCAAGACUCGGAGGAACCACAGUCGCAAGCCAUCGGCAAUUUCUGCCUCCAUACAGAAAGAGGAUGCCGAGACACCGUUCCUGCCGUUGAGCAUCAUUUCGCCUGAUCCGUACGAGCCUGACGUUGUCGGCCGCAAGUUCCCAUGGGGCUUCGCGGACCCAUACAACGCGGAGCACUGUGACUUUGUCAGGCUCAGGGAGAGCGUAUUCAGCGAGUGGCGAUCAGAACUACGCGAGGCAAGCCGCGACCAGUGGUAUGAGGGUUGGCGAACAAACCGUCUGCAGAAGAGCAACAAUCCCAGAACACGCAUGGCCUCUUCGGAUGGUCCUAGGCCGCAGCAGUACUCUGUUGCUGGCUCAACCGGUCGUGCAUCGACUGCUGGUAGCCAACAGUACCGUGCUUACCGACCUGACAACAUGUAG